AUGCCGAUAAAUGAAAGAAAUCUAGAGGCUGCCCCUGAGUUAGAAGGUUAUGAGGACAAAAAGAUGAAAGUGGCAGAGAAAAGUGACAAAUCAGAACAAGGGCAGAAACAAACUCCGAAGACAAAAAAGGUGAGGAGAAAACUGGAGUCUGGGAGAAGAUCAAAUGGAGAUGCUGGUACUGUGCUAGGAGAGAAGAGGCGAGAGGAAGGGGGCUGGGCCGUGAAGGAGGAGGAGGAGAAAGAAGUGGUGAUCGAUUACUUCAACAACCUGUUUCGGUCUAUCAACAACGGUGAUGCGAAUGUUAUUUUGGACGCCGUUGAGCCCAGAGUUACAGGGGAGAUGAACAAUUUUUUGAGCACACCCUACACUGAGAAUGAUGUGAGAGAGGCCAUGUUUUCCAUUGGACAUCUGAAAGCUUCUGGUCCCGAUGGGAUGUGUGCCAUCUUCUAUAAGAAUUACUGGGACAUUGUGGGCGAUAGAGUCACUAGUGAAGUACUAAAUGUGAUGAAUGGUGGCAAAAUUCCAGAUGGCUGGAAUGAUACCAUUAUUGCUUUAAUUCCGAAAGUGAAGAAGCCGAAUAAUAUCAAAGAUCUGAGGCCGAUUAGCUUGUGCAAUGUCAUUUAUAAGAUUAUUGCCAAGCUGGUGGCAAAGAGGCUGAAGCUUAUCCUCCCCGACAUCAUCUCUGAAUCCCAAAUUAUUCGGGUGAAAGUUUAUGGGGACCUCACUAGUGAAAUUGUUCCUGGGAGAGGGCUGCAGCAGGGCGACCCAAUAUCCCCCUACCUCUUCCUGUUAUGUGCGGAGGGGCUCUCAGCACUGCUGUUCAAGGCUGAGAGGGAUGGUCUAAUCCAAGGCGUCAAAAUCUGUAUUGCUGCUCCUCGAAUAUCACAUCUGUUCUUUGCAGACGACUCCCUCAUCUUAUGUCGGGCAAAGGAAGGGGACGCCAGGGCCUUAAAGGUGGCGCUCCAGGUGUACGAGUGUUUCUCGAGCCAAGUUAUCAACAAGAACAAGUCUGCGAUCAUGUUUAGCCCCAAUACCAAUGCUACUGAGAAAGGGAUUGUUAUGAGCACUCUUUCUAGUCAACAUGAGACUACGAAUGACCGUUAUCUAGGCAUGCCCGUCCAUGUGGGGAAGUCGAAGACCAGGGCGUUCAACUUUUGA